UCCUUAUCUUCCACAUUUCCACUCGCCUUCGUCCACAUGAGGCUUAUUCCACUUGUGCCGCAUCAAAGCGCAACAUGACCAACCAGCGGUGUCACAUCAUUGCCCCGGUUGUGCUUCUGAUCUUUGCCAUUGUAGGUAUUCUGCUGCUCGCCCUCUCUACGGACAAUGUACGGAUACCACCGGAUUAUAUGUAUGGAAUUGUCCUGGAUGCAGGCUCCUCCCACACAGCCAUGUACGUCUACAAGUGGCCUGCCGACAAGCAGAAUGAUACCGGCAUCGUAACCCAACAUGACGAGUGUCACGUCAAAGGAGGCGGAAUAUCCAGCUAUGCCGGGAAACGUGGGGAGGCAGGUCGGAGUCUGGAGGCGUGCCUUACCCAAGCCAAGGAGGUCAUUCCAAAAUCCAGACACCAUCUGAGUCCCUUGUACCUAGGGGCAACGGCAGGCAUGAGGCUUCUGAACUUGACCAAUAACACAGAGUCAGAUGAGAUACUGAAGGAAGUGAGAGCCAAAAUGAAAGCGUAUCCAUUCAAAUUUCGUGGGGCCACUAUUUUGAGUGGUCAAGAAGAGGGGGCCUAUGGCUGGGUCACAGUGAAUUACAUGUUGGAGAAUUUCAUCAAGUAUGACUUUGUUGGGGAGUGGCUAAUUCCAAAAAGGAAGACUGUAGGAGCUCUGGACUUUGGAGGAGCCUCGACUCAGAUAACAUUUCAGACGAAAGAUACUGUGGAGGACCAGAACAAUGCCAUGACGUUGAGACUGUAUGGACAAAACUAUAGUCUGUACACACAAAGCUUUCUGUGUUAUGGCAGGGACCAGGUCUUAAGACAGCUCUUGGCUCAUCUGCACCAGGCGCAGGGAUUGUCUGGUGCUAUAACACACCCUUGCUACCCAUCAGCAUAUAAUGUCUCUAUGAAGCUGAGCCAAAUUUUUGAUUCUCCAUGCACAAAGAGUAAGGCACCCUUGCAGUACAAUGGUCAGGACACCCUGGAGGUGGUUGGGUCGGGGCAUUACCAACAUUGCCUUCAGAACAUGUCCAGAAUCUUCACCUUUGAAAAGUGUUCUUUUUCCAAGUGCUCCUUCAAUGGGGUUUUCCAGCCCAAUGUUACUGGAAGCUUCAUGGCCUUCUCCGCCUUCUACUACAUCUACUCUUUCCUGGAACGAACUACUGGCAUCACUUUGACUUCACCCAGCCUCUUGGAGGAAGCGGUCCAAGCUGUCUGCAAUAUGAGCAUGGAUGAGAUGCUGGUGAAAGCUCCUGACCAGAAAGGUCGUCUCCAGGAUUAUUGUGCUGCUUCAGUGUUCGUCCAGGUUCUCAUGCUCCAAGCCUAUGGCUUUGAUGAUCAGUCCUUCUCGCAGAUCUCAUUUCAGAAGACAAUAGAGGGUACUUCAGUUGGCUGGGCACUGGGCUAUAUGCUCAGUCUUAGCAGCUUGUUGCCUGGGGAGAGUGUGGGGCUGAGGAAAGCUUUGCGCUCUGAGGCAUGGGCCGCUCUGCUGGUUCUCUUUGUCUUCCUCCUCCUCAUAGUGCUGGGAUAUCUGUUAUUGAAGGCAUACCAGAGGAAGGGCAGCAGUAGCGCUGUCAUCUGAAAAUUGCCACAGGGAUCAAUCGACCUAGUCUGAAGUACCACCUUGGAUUGUAGUCUUAGCAGGUGAACUGGCCUGACAUGACCUCCCAAGAGGCAUUUCAGCAGUUCCAACUAUUACAGAAAAAAAUGUGAGGCCAUUGCCUCUAGAAAUUAGUGAAAUGCAAAGUAAAAUUGCAAUUUACUAUAAAAAGGGCGCAGUCCACAAUUCUAAUCCAAAACACCUUUUGUUCAGCAAAUUGCUUUUCAUGGUCUUCUAGCUGUCCAUUCUCUUUGUGUGCUCAAAAUACUCUGGUGUUUGUAAACAGUCUUGAGGAGUGAAACGUUGUUGAGCUCAAAUAUCAAAAACAUUUUGCCAGAAUCGUGGACUGGACCUUUAAUUGUGUUGUGUGGCUGUUUUGUAUAUUAUGUUUCGAAGUGCACUAUGGAAAAAUUACGCAAAGGAUUUCACAUGGGAUAAUAAUUUUAAAGUAUGUUUCAUCAAGGUGCACUUGUGAACUCAACAUAUUUCAGUUCCUUCUUGUAGUAAUGGCAAGUAUUUCAAAUGGGGAUUACAACAUGUGAAACCUUACUAUAUAUGAUACAUUCUCUAUGUAUCAGCACUGACUAUUCAACUGUAUAAAUAUUAGUCAAGGCCUAUGUCUUUGUAUACAUUUGUUGAGCUUUUUUUGGUUUUUGAAUAAAAGGCAAGUGACUGAAAA